AUGAUCCCAGCUUCCCAGUUGGUCUUCUUCACCUGCAUCUGGAUCACACUGAUGUCAAAUGCUUGUGCUGCUGGUGAAAUCAAGAAGCCCCACCAGCGCUGCUUCUCUUCAGUGAAGCCGACCCGCAAACAAGAAACUAGAAUGAGGAAAGAUGACAGUACCAAAGUGUGGCCCCUGAAGUAUAAGCAACUUCUCCGUAUAGAGGACCACAGUUUUGCAGUGAGACCUGGAUUUGGAGGAUCUCCAGUGCCAGUGGGUAUAGAUGUCCACGUUGAAAGCAUUGACAGCAUUUCAGAGGUUAACAUGGACUUUACAAUGACUUUUUAUCUCAGGCAUUACUGGAAAGAUGAAAGACUUGCCUUUCCCAGCAAAACCAACAAAAGCAUGACCUUUGAUCACAGAUUAAUCGAAAAGAUUUGGGUGCCUGAUAUCUUUUUUGUCCAUUCUAAAAGAUCCUUCAUCCAUGAUACAACUGUGGAGAACAUCAUGCUGCGUGUACACCCUGAUGGAAAUGUCCUCUUCAGUGUCAGGAUAACUGUUUCAGCGAUGUGCUUUAUGGAUUUCAGCAGGUUUCCACUUGACACUCAAAACUGUUCCCUUCAACUGGAAAGCUAUGCCUACAAUGAGGAGGAUCUAAUGCUGUACUGGAAACAUGGAAACAAGUCCCUAAAUACUGAUGAGCAUAUUUCGCUUUCUCAGUUCUUCAUCGAGGAAUUCAGUGCAUCCAGUGGAUUUGCUUUCUAUAGCAGCACAGGUUGGUACCAUAGGCUUUUCAUCAACUUUGUGCUAAGGAGGCAUAUUUUCUUCUUCGUGCUGCAAACCUAUUUCCCGGCUGUGUUGAUGGUAAUGCUUUCCUGGGUUUCAUUUUGGAUUGACCAGAGAGCUGUUCCUGCAAGGGUUUCCUUGGGAAUCACCACGGUGCUGACCAUGUCCACGAUCCUCUCUGGGGUGAGUGCCUCCAUGCCCCAGGUGUCCUACAUCAAGGCCGUGGACGUGUACCUGUGGGUUAGCUCUCUCUUUGUCUUCCUGUCAGUCCUUGAGUACGCAGCCGUGAACUACCUCACCACAGUGAAAGAGAGGAAACAAUUCAAGAAGACAGGGAAGAUUUCUGGAAUGUACAGUAUUGAUGCAGCUCAAGCCAUGGCCUUCGAUGGUUGUUACCAUGACAGUACAACUGACACGGACCAGACUUCCUUCUCUCUACACUCAGAAGAGGACUCCAUGCAAGAAAGAUGCACAGGCAACCUCAGCACAGAUUCACCUCGGAUAAAGAGAAGAAAAUCGCUAGGAGGGCAGGUUGGUAGAAUCAUUCUGGAGAACAACCAUGUCAUUGACACCUAUUCAAGGAUUUUAUUUCCCAUUGUGUACAUUACAUUUAAUUUGUUUUACUGGAGUAUUUACAUGUGA